CCUUAGCAAUGCAAAGUCUUUACAACAAUAACGCGAAUAUACAUAGCAUGUUUGGUAUUUAGUCAAUGCCAGCUCAUACAGUGAAAGCGCGUACACAAUAAAGAAACCUCCAUCCUUCAAUGUAACUAGGCAAGUAACAAAGCCACAAACAGAACCAGGAAACGACUAAAUGUUGUUGACUUCGUAAAGAUCAGAAAGUGUCUGACUUCCAUAUCCUAAACAAGGGACAAAGAUGAGGCUUCUGAACACCGCACUGUUUGUCUGCGUGGUGGUGGGACAGGUAGCAAGUACUGUUGCUGUAAACAACGAUUGCACCGGUCCUCCCCCUCAGUACAACAAUAGCGCGUUCGAUCACUGUACCGAGCAGAGGCCAGGCGGGUGUAACUGCACAGCGGCGAACCAGACGUGCUUGUUUGGUGACCGGCUAUUUUACAACUGUAGCCAUGACACAGAGUUGGACUUUCUUAUCGUCUGCAACUAUAAAGACGCCCAGGGUAACCGCUACGGAUGGGUUGUGGACAAUGUUACAGAGAAGUUUGAAAACUGCACAGGUUCCGAGGCGCCAGUGCAAGAAACAACAAAGCCACGACCAACAGCAUCUCCUUUUUUAGGCAAGUUAAUGCGCUAA